AUGGGCAAGGCUUCAAGGGAUAAGAAUAAGAGGGAUAUCUACUACUGGAAAGCAAAAGAAGGUUGGCAUGCUCGAAGUUCCUUCAAACUUCUUCAAAUAGAUGAGGAAUUCAACAUAUUUGAAGCAGUGAAAUGGGUGGUAGAUUUAUGCGCUGCCCCUGGUAGCUGGAGUUAG